CAACAAUUGGCUGAUCUUUGCUUACUGUUGACGCUCGCUACACCGCACGCUCAAAGGGCCCGCUCGCACGGUUUUGCUUCGUCGCCUGUGCGCUGCUAACCCUCAAAACCUAACAUGUCCGAGGCACAGCCGCAGCGGAAGCGCAAGCGCCAGUCAAAACAAAUGCGCCAGCAGAAGCAGCCGAACAGUGUGCAGCUGCAGAACGACCUCGUGGCGUACCAGGCCUGGCUAGCCGAGCAGCUACAGUACACCGCCUACCUACAGCACAACGGACCAGUGGCGCAGUAUUUGCGCCAACCCCCCCAAGUCGCCGGGGCGCGCAGGGAGGCGCCCAAGAAAAAGACUGUGCCGCCGCCGCCACAGAACACGCCGCCGCCGGCAAAAACUCAGCGAACCGUGGCUACCUGGACUUGCUUCGAGCCGGACGGACCUCCGCGUUGCUACUUCAGUGACAGGCGCUGGAAAAGCCAGGUGCGCAGCAGCGCCAAGUAUGCCGAGCACCAGUGUCCUCGAAUCUUUCGCGGCCGCACCGUGACGGCUAGUGCGCCCGCCAUACCGCCGCCGCCGGACUCUCGCUCCUGUGAGGACUGCGGCGGCACGGUGGUCGACGAGCUGUCGCACCGGCGCUCGAGGCUGCACCGCGAGGCGGUCGAGAUGGACGUCUCGCUCAUCUGCGCCAGGAUCCGUCGCGACCCGGCGUUCGCGGCGGCCGUCAUCGCCGCCGCUCGCCAGUGCGUUGAGAGAACGGGCGUCGAGGAGUCCUCACACUCGAGCAGCGACAACGACGACGAGGUGCCCUCCAAACGACCGAACGCCGAAGACGAUUUUGAGUUCCUCGAAGGCGACGUCUUCAAACCAGCCUCAAAAAACUGACGUUGGACCUGUAAGGAACUUUGUCGAGCUUGGUAGCUCGUGUGAGGUAUGAAAGACGAGCAGGUUUUGGUGUGGAUUGUUCAUUCGGUUCGUUCAAUUCUUAAAGAACACGUCUCGUACGUGGCACAGCAGCUGCUUAUAUACGGAUGAGCAACCAGGCGCUUGCAAACUAGAGCCUUGGAAGAGUGUCACCGUCAAUUGUUGUAAUUUGACUGGGAUGUUUCUCAGCAUUUCAUGCCUUCGCUGAUACAAGCCAUGCCAUCUGCAUAGUCGUCAACCCAACAUCUGUAGCUUUUACAGCGAAAGCUGCUCUGAAAUCGCAACAAUGGCCAUUUUUGGCACCAUAGUUGUCUGCCACUGCUGAUGCCUGUAACUGCUUGUGCGUAAAAAAAAUAAAAAAAAUCAUUUUUUU